CUCAUCAACAUUCACCAGGGCGAUGAGUUUUGCCUUGUGUGCGAUCCCUGUCGCACUGAGGGCAGGUAUUUCAUCAAGGCGGAUAUCAGAGGAAAUGGCAACAACAUGCAGCUUGUCCUGGAAAUAGCGCUGGUUGCAAACCCCUAUCGAGCCCGA